AUGUGGAGAAAGAGCGUGUGUGAGGGGUGUAAUGAGCUCAUCCGGGACACGUACCUGCUCCGCGUGCAGGACGGACUGUGGCACGAGCGCUGCCUGCACUGUGCGUCAUGUCGCGAGCCGCUGAAAAACACCUGCUUCCUCCGCAAUAAGACACUUUACUGCAAGCGGGACUACCAGCAGUUGUUUUGGGUACGGUGCAAGGGCUGCACGGAGGUCAUCUCUCCAGCCGAGCUGGUGAUGCACGCAGGCACUGCAGUCUUCCACCUGCGCUGUUUCUGCUGCUGUGUGUGUGCAUGCAGGCUGCAGAAGGGGGACCGCUGUGUGCUUACAGGGGACAGGCUGAUCUGUGCCAGAGACUAUCACAACCAACUGGCCAGCCCGACCACCUCCGACUCAGGUAAAAGUGAAGAUGAUGAGGAGGAGGAAAAUGAUGAAGGGAACAUUAAGACUGCAGGGGACAGUAACACAACAGGAGACAUGGAACACAAGAGACCCAAAAGGCCUCGUACCAUCCUCACAACACAGCAGAGACGAGCUUUCAAAGCUUCUUUUGAGGUCUCAUCCAAACCAUGUCGAAAGGUGAGGGAGACGCUGGCAGCAGAGACAGGAUUGAGCGUACGAGUUGUUCAGGUCUGGUUCCAAAACCAAAGAGCCAAGAUGAAAAAACUAGCAAGAAGACAACAGCAGCAGAAGCAAAGUGUGUCUCCUCAGGAGAAAAAGAUCCAAGCACAACACACUGCACCCUCUUGUGGAAGGCUGCCUGCUGAACUAGAGAGUGCAGGUUCAUAUGUCUCACUGCCGCACCAGAAUAUCGGUCUAGAGUCACAGAGCUUCAAGCUGGACCCCUUCAGACAGGGCCUCACCCCUCCACAGAUGCCUGGAGACCACAUGCAUCCUUAUGGUUGUGACACUUUCUAUGAUGAUACGGAUAGUGACCCUCUGUGUCACUUUGCAGACUGUUUGUCAUCCAGUGAACCCUUGCUCUUGACACCCAUUGACUGUUUGUAUUCAAUGCAAGACUCUUACUUCGCGUCUUGAGCGUCAUUUAGAUGCUUUAGGAGAGAUGUAUAGAGAGAGUGCAUGUGUGAAUGUGUGUUUACUGCUUGUGCGAGUACUGUACUUUUGCAUGUUUCAGGACUUCUAGAGUAGGUGGUGACUGCCGACAGUUGAAAUGUACUGUGAUGAAAAUGUGUAAUUUGUAUUUAUUAUGUUUUGUGUGUGAACUGGACUGAAUUACAAUACAAUGCUCAGUGUCUGGGGAAAUUAUAUUAUUUAAAAAAAUCUAUAUGACAUACUAUACUGUAUAUUCUGAUACAGCUGAUUCUGAUCCCAUAUCCCCCACAUAUACAGUUUAUGCUGUGCAUUUUCGUAAUGCAUGUUGGUGAUCGAGUACUUUAUAGCAAAUUCUUUGUAUCCACACCAAUGCCACAUCAUAUAUACAGUAUACUCUCUAUUUCACAUUCUUUAGCAGCAUGCAAUGAGAGCUGGCAUUUGACUAAACUCAAGGUCAUAUUCAGUCUAAGCUUUCAGCACCUCCUACCAUGAUGCAUAUCUCUGUGGCACUUUAUCGAAACAGGACAGUUGUCUACCACUGGUCACAUCUCCCACAUCUUUAGGCAUACAGUUGAACAUAAACAAAGACCACAUCCUGCCACAGUCUCCCAUGAAUGCCUACAUUAUGACUCUCUUCUCUAGCCCUAGCCAACCUGCAUACUUGCAUACUUUUAAAUCUCAUGGGCUCUUAUGUGACCAUCCCCCCCCCAAAAAAACGGAAUGUUGGGGUUGCCCUCUGGAAUGUGCCCAUGUUAUAGUUUUGGGUAUGUUGUACUGUGCUGGAUUGAGGUUGAGGAUAACUUCAUGUGAAAAUGUAUGGCAUGCCGCAGAGACAGCAAACCUUUCAUACUUUGCCUCUUUUGCCCCAGCCAUGAACCCUCUCUCGCUGUCUGUACCAGGUUCACAUUUCUUACUGAUAUCAGACCUUCAGGUGCAUGAGCCGCAGGUCAUUGGGCAGGAACAAUUUAACUGUCUCUGUCAUGUGCCCCUGUCAGCCGAGUUUGCAGAGAAGAGAUAAGGUGAACAGCAGUGUGUAAAUGAGAGCAAGGUUAAGGAUAAAGGGAUAGCUUACCUAAAAAUGAAAAUUCUGUCAUAAUUUCUGUCCAGCGGUAUAGCUAGACCCUGGCUGAUAGGGCUGAAGCCCCGGAUCUUUAGAAUGUUUUUUUGUGAUAAAAAAAGAAAGAAAAAAAAAGAAGUAAGGCUUAAUGUUCAUUACAUCAGGGUACAAAAGCAACAAGGCAGGCUGCAGUUCUGGCUUCAAAUGUAAAUUAAUUCUGGUCAGUGAGCCCAACUUGCAUUAACUAACUGUUCGCACUUUGAUUUUACCUGCUGUUCAAGUUCAUCAGAUAUGUUAUGAAGGCCUCGAGUGGGAGCUUUCUGUUUUCUCUCACAGGGGUGCAGCUUUUCUGUAUCAGAGGCACUGAGGUUUUAUUAUGCAAGUCUUAUUUCUAAAUACAUAAUCUAUAAGCCUUAUUUCUAAUCUGCAUUUAUUUUUAACAAUCCACACACCAAGUAGAUUGAAUGCAUGCACCAGUCAACUUGUUUGGUUAUUCGGGUUCAGUCGGGAGUCUGUACGCGGUAAUAAAGAAUGUUUAUUGCAAUGGAAUUUCCUCAUACGCAACUAAAAAUAGCAGAACAGUGAGCUAUAAGCCUAAAUUGCACAAUACAUUGGUCUUAAAAUGAUAAAAUCUCACAUUAAAGUCAAACUAAGAUGAAUGCCUGUAUAUGCGCUCUGCCCUUGCUGGUUCACCUUUCCAUGUUCAUGGAGAUACGUUAUGAAGGCCUCGAGUGGGAGCUUUCUGUUUUCUCUCAGAGGGGUGCAGCUUUGAUUUUUAAAUGGUUUAAAAUCAAAUGACAUUGAACUUGUCUAAUUAUUGUACUUAAGUCUGCACACUAGAGCAAAAGGGAAAAUGUCUUACAGUUUAUCAAGCGUUGAAACUUUACUAUGUUAAAAACAACCUGGAAUCAUGAAACCCAACGCAGGUGUUUCGAGAUGCGUUUAUAAAAAUUACAGUUAUUUUAACUUUACUCUGUGAUGUUGAUGUGCAUAUAUAUAUAAAAUACGAUUUCGAUAAUAAAGUUGUAUUAUUUUGCGAAUAAAUUCGUAAUAAUUUGAGAAUAAAAUCGUAGCAUUAUAUUAAAUUUCAUGGGAGAAUAAAGUAAAAAUUAUUAGAAUAAAGUCAUUGCAUUGUGAGAAUAAAGUAGUAUAUUAGAGAGAAGAAAAUCUCAAUAUUAGGCUAAACAGAGCAUCAUCACAACGAUAGUACGGAUGCUGAGCCAGAAGCUUCAUUAAUGCAAGAGAUUGAUAUGGAGGAUGUAGUUAAAUCAUAGGCCUACUUUACUUUAGGAUUUGGCAAUAAUGCAAUCCUUGGUCUUUUGGCUACAGCAGUUCCAAUCAGUGGUGUAGCCAAGGGUCCUGGGCCCACCCAAAUUAGACCAAUGCAGGCCCACCCAAAAUAUUAGAGAUUAUUCUUUUACUUUAAAUGUAUAUUUAUAAAAUAGUUGAAAAAAUGCAUAAAUUCUGAUUUCUGAAAGUGUGAAAUAACUGUUUGAAUGCUGAGCUUCGCUGUUGUUAAGGAAAAUGUAGUAAAAAAUAAAAUAAAAAAUGGGGCAAAAACUUGGCCCAUCCAUCUUUAUUGAGGCUCACCUAAAAGUAAUUUCCUGGCUACGCCCUUGGUUCCAAUGGUUUUUCGCUUCACUUGAGUGUGAGCCUAUAUCUUACGCCUCCCAUGACCCAUGUUAAAACUCAUGUACUAAUGCACACCUCAUUCAUGAACAGAGAGCUUGCAAAAACUUCCCACAAAUUCAGCUCAGUUGCAUAUCCAAGUUUUCUCCCUGGUUAAUGGUGUUGUAUGUAAAGACCCAGACACUCCUCUUUGCUGUUGUCCACCACAUCACUUUCCUUUCAAUUUAUUCUCAAAAUACUACAACUUGAAUCUCAUACUGCUUCGAAAUUCUUCUCGUAAUUUGUACUUUAUUCUCAAAAUAUUAUGAUAAAUGACAAUUGCAAAUUUAACUAGUUAAAUUACUUUGAUUUUAUUGUUAGCGUUAGUUUCUGCACAAUGAACAAA